UACUAUAAAUACAGAUAAUCCAACCUACAUCAGCACGGGAAGUACGUACAAAACAAGAGUCUUCCCCGAGUAAUUACAGUUCACCGUUUCUUUUUAGGAUCCAGAGAACCUUUUUUUCGCAGCAAGAAUCAACCUUUUUAUCGACUCGGCCGAGUCCGACCGAUCCUUGUCUCAUUCCAUUUUUUGAAUGUAAUGAUUUCUUUUCGAUGUAUCUCAGCUAAAUGGUUGUAAAUUUUGUGCAUUGUCGAGGAAGAGGUUUUUUUUUUGGGUGUAUUGUUAGUAGUGUGGAGAACCCUAAAGCCCUAUGGACUAUUGAACCCUAAAACCCAGAUGAUAAAACCCUAGAAGGAGCUUUCGGGUGUCAUCAGGGUUGUUUGGUUUGAAUGUAAAUGCUCCUGGGAUGUCAUCCAAUUCAGAGUUUCAAGCGCUGCAAAAUGGUGAAGAGACUGGCAUGGGCAAUGAGGAUACCAAUGCAAUUAAGGUGGAGGCAGAAAAAUUAGCAGAUGAUGUUGAAAGAAAGGAAUCUUUUUCCGGUGCCAAUGCAGUGGAUGGCGUUGGAGAGAAUCAUGUUAAUGUUGCUGGAAUGGAGAAGAGUUGUUUGAUGAACGAGGACCAAGAAAGUGCUCAGGAGGUGCAGUUGGAUGAGAAGUUAGUGGGGCUGGACGACCAUGGGAAUGAGGAAAUUGUAGUUGAGGAUAUUGUGAGGGAUGAAGAUGUGAGGGAAGAGGAUGUUUUAGGAUCAAAUGGAGUUGAUUCAGUUCAGAAGAUAGAAGUUUCUGGGGAUAAUAUAUCCCUUUUUGUGGAUCUUAGUGGAUCUUUAGGUGGAGCUAACCAAGGCAAUCUUGUUGAAGCUAAGGGUAGCGCGUCAGUAGUGUCUGGGGAGGAGACAAAUGAAGCUAAGGAUCAAGAAAGCAAGUUUUAUGUGGGUGAUAUCGUGUGGAUUAAAACAAAAAACCAGGCUUGGUGGCCAGGAAAGAUUUGUGAUCCUUCAAGCACAACAGGGCAUGCAAUUAAGACUGGACAGGAUGACUGCUUGCUGGUUGCUUACAUGGGCAGUGGCCAUGUUGCUUGGUGCUCACUAUCCCAGUUGAAGUCAUUUCAUAAGAACUUUGAGCAAAUGUCAGGGAAAAGUAAGGCCAGAAGCUUUGUUCGAGCAGUGGAGAAAGCUUUGGAUGAGUUUGCGAGAUGUCUAAAAUUGGAAAUGACUUGUUCCUGUGAAUCAAAAGAAAAUAAGCAGUCAACUGGAAAUGCUGAACCAUUGGAAGUUGUUCCACGGCCAGAGAGGAAAUCAGGUGAACUUGGAGAGUUUUCUGUCACCCACUUUGAGCCUGAGAAGUUCCUCUUGCAACUCAAACACCUUGCAGUUGUUGUCUCGGUGCCUGAAAUGCUUGAGCUUACUGUCAUCCAGAGUCGUAUAUCGGCUUUUUAUCGUACCAAAGGGCAUAGGCACUUGCCUAUUAAUCAACUCUUGGAACCAGCUGAUGUUGAAGAGAAUCCUAUUGACAGCUUAGCGUCUAGAAGCAAUAUUGAUGUUGAACCAGAGCACUAUGGGAGUGAUGCUACUGAAGUAGGAGUUAUAUCAAGCAAACUAGCAUCCGGUUAUAGGAAGAGAAAGAGGAAGACGAGUUCUGAAGUCAGAAAUGAAGGUGAUGAAAUUGAAGGUCCUAACAGUGGUACCUUGGCAUCUCCUGCAAAAAAGGAGGAAUCUAACACCUUGGGAUCUUUUACAAUAAUGAAGAGCAAGACUUCUGGUGUAGGAAAUGGUGGUGAUUGGAGUGAGGGAAAAAAUGAAAAGAGCUCUGAUUUUAGAGAACGGAAGAAGAGCAAGUAUUUGUCUUAUCCUUAUGUAAGUUGGGGAAGCACAGACAUGCCUAGUGAAACCGAUAAUGCUACUCAGAGAGCUUCUCAUGAAGUAUCAGGUUUAGAUGCAGGUAUGGAUCAGUUUAUUGGCUCCCCUUCCGCAGUUAAAGGUACUGUGAAACGUUUCCAGAAAAAAUGGUUUCAUAAGUUCAUAUGUGGCAAUGAUAUAUCCUCUAAUCAAGAAUUCAUUAAUACGUCUCCAGCUGAGUUGCUUUCUAAACUCCAAUUUACGGCCGUAAAUUGUCUUUGUUCUAAUGAAAUUGAAGAUUUUGAUUUAAUAGAAUGGUUCUUCUCCAAAUUUAGAAUCUCUGUAUAUCAUGAUGAAUCAAUUUAUGAGAAGCAUUGCAAGAAAGUCAUUGGUCUAAAAGAUGCUGCAGUGGCCGAUUCCAUCCCCUUGGAAAAAGAUUCACAUGACAAGUAUCAAUCUCCAGCCAGGAACCCUGAGAAGAAGGUGCGAAGGAGAAAGAAAAGUUUGAGCUUGGAGAGGUCAAAAAUUAAUUCUCUCUCUGGUAUCUCAGAUGAUGUGAAUGUAAAAAUUGCGACAAACAACUUAUCAGCAAAAGAUUCCCAACUAACAGGCUCUCAUGAUCCUCAAGGGAAGGAAACUCUAGAUAGUCAGGAGGUUAAACAAGCAGUCACUGUCAUUCCUGAUUUAAAUAGUAAUGGCACAACAUCCAUCUCUGCGGUAGAAGCUUCCCAGUUUAUGGUCCAUGUUAAUGCUGAGACUAAGAAGAGAAAGAGGAAAGCUGUUUCAGGGCCUUCAAAAUCCAGUAUCCCUGAUGUGAAUGAAAAUGAUGCAAAGUCAAGCUCGUUCAGUUCAGAACCCAGUCCAAUUAAUGGGAAGUGGCUUGCUUUUGGCAUUCCAGAUGCCAAUGGAAGCAAUGGUGAUCAAGGCCAGAAGAAGAGAAGACGGAGGAGGAAACAAACAGCAGAACCACCAAAUACUGAGCCUGCUUCUGCUAUACCAGAUUUAAAUGGGAGUACAACUGAAGCGAUUGGGUUGGGAAAUGAAUUUACUGAGACAAACUCCUCUUCGCCUCAAGUUAAGCCUAAGCGGAAGAGGAGACGGAGAAAAGGAGAAAAUGGAGGUGCUGUAAUUAAAAGUUGUGACCUAGGUGUGAGUAGUAGAGGAUCUCUAGAGACCACUCUUGUCCUAACAUUUGCAUCUGGAGCUUCCAUGCCUUCAAAAGAAGUUAUAGUUGGAACAUUCUCCAGUUUUGGGCCUUUGAAGGAAUCAGAGACGUGGUUGUUGGAAGAUUCUGGUACUGCCCAGAUUGCUUUCUUAAGGGAUGUGGAUGCUGGAGAAGCAAUUCGGAGUCUAGAAAAGAACAAUCCAUUUGGUGAAACACUUGUCAAUUAUCAGUUGCGAAAUCAGUUGCCAGUUCACAGAGCCUUAAUACCUCAUCCCAUGGAUGGACUUCGGAUGCCCAUAAAGCCUUCUGGUCCAAAAUGUCACCCUGGUGAGGUGCCUCCCAUUGAUUUUAUCAAGCAGAAUCUGGAGGCAAUGACAUCGAUGCUGGAAAAGUCAGGAGAUAAUCUUUCUCCUGAGAUGAGAGUGAAACUGGAGAGUGAGAUUAAAGGCCUCCUGGAAAAGAUCAGCUCCAUGCCCAGUUCAUCCUCUUCAUAACUGUAAGAUUGAAAGCAUCUCUAUUUAGCAUUUUUUUAAAUUGAUGUAAUGAAUAGUUUGGUACAACCAGUAGUUUCUGAACCUGAGUUCCUGUUUAUUUUAUUCCCCUUUAUCAGAUGUUGCUUUGGCAAUCUGCUCUCUCUCUCUCUCUCUCUCUCUCAAUAUUUAAUUUUUGUUAUAUGAAGAGAGCACAAGCGUUGGGAAGAAUUUAAGGGAGCCAUGCAUCUCUGCUAA